AUGCCGGAUCCCAUGCAACCUUCCACAGCGAAUGUUGCAACUGCCUGCGCCAUCAUUGGGCUCGUAACCGGAUACCUCAUUGGGCAAGCAAAGUCACUUGGUCUUUUCGGUGGUAGUCCCAUCGCAGCGCCUGCGGCACGCAAAGAAAAGGCUUUGGGCUCGGAUGAGUCAAGCGAUGAAGAUGGCAGCGCACCGAACGAGUUUCCCGGUCACGGCAAAAUCGGAGCCCAGUGCGGCCAUGCGACACUCGCGUGCUACAAGCAGUUCCUCCGGCUGUCACCCAACUCAGCGGUCUUGAAGCGAUGGGAGCGCAGCGGUCAGAUGAAGGUCGCGCUGCAGGUCAAGAGCGAGGAGGAGCUCGAGGUGCUGCAGGCGCAGGCGCUGAGCUUGGGCCUGAAGAAUCGAGGAUGGGAGACAAAGAUGUAG